AUGGAGCCCCCCCCUCUCUCUCCCUUCCCACCCCCCGCCCCGCCGCCGCCGCCGCCGAACGCGCAGACGCCGCACCUCAUCCUCGGCUCGCUGCGGUACACCAUAUGCUUCGAUCUCCUCGUCGCGACGCCGCUCGUCCUCCUCUUCUUCUUCAAACGGAUGGACGACUACGUCCCGAUGGUCACGUCGCGCGCGCGCGGGCUGCGCGGCCGCGCGAGGCAGCUCGCCGCGGUGUGGGGCGCGAGCGGGACGGAGGUCACGUCGCGGUGCGGCGCGGACGCGCGCGAUUACCUCCGCGUGCAGCGGCAUCUUCUGGUCGCGCUCGCGGUCGUCUCAGGCGCGUCCCGUGCACUGGUUCUCCCCAUACGGCCGCCGCCCGCGCUCCUGAUCCUCCUCCCCGUCGCGUGGCGCGCCGCGCCGUCUCCCGGCGCGGACGCCGCGCGCGACGAUCGCGCGAAUCAAGACGCGAAUCUCUUCGCGCGGGGGACCGUGCACCACCUUCCGAACGGGUCGCCGUGGCUGUGGGUCGUGGUGUUCGUGUCGUUCGUCGUCGUCGUCGUCGUGGAGACUGUCGCGUCGAGACUGCAUUCUAAUCUCGUCGCGCGUCGAUACGCGAAGCGCGAGUUAAACGCGUCCGUCGCGCGCGUGACCGUGCUCCUGAGGCGGCUGCCGCGGUGCGUGACGUCCGCGCCGCGGGUGCUGGAAACGGCUCUGGGUCGUGCGUUUCCUGGGCGCGUGCACGCGGUGAUCGUGCCGAGGGACGGGAGAGAGGCGACGCUGCGGCGGCGCGCGCAGCUCGCGAAGCGGAGGCUGCGGGUCGCGAGGAGGAAGUUUUCGCGCGGCGGGAGCGCGUUCGGCGGCGGGAGCAGCGGCGGCGACGGGUUCGGCAGCGGCGGCGUCGGCGUCGGCACCCCCAGUGGCACCCCCAUCGGCACCCCCAUCGGCACCCCCGGCGCGUCGAGCGCGCCGAACGACCGCGCGCGGAUGGAAAUCUCGCGGCUCGUUCGCGACGUCUCAGCCGCGGAGGACGCGCUCGCGGCGUACAAACGCCUCCCCGCGCGCGAUGUCCCGAACCCCGGGUGCGCGUUCGUCGUGUUCAAGGACAGGAAGACCGCGGACGACGCGCUGGAGGCGCUGACGCCGACGGUUCGAGGCGUCGGCGUUUGGUGUCUGAGAGCGGCGGGCGCGGCGACCGCCGACGCCGCCGCGGCGGCGGGCCCCGGGUCGAUCGUCCAUCGUCGUAACCGCCGCGGACGGGGCGUUACAGGUGCUGCCGCCGCUGCUGCGACGACGACCGAACUGGAACCGGAACUGGAACCGUCUUCUUCCAUCUCGGUGGAGUCGAUACGCCUCGCGAUCGAGCACGGUGUCCACGCGUGGCGAGCGGACCGCGCGCCGCCGCCGUCGGGCGUCCUGUGGAGAAACGUCGGCGUCUCAGCGUCGGAACGCGUCGCGAGGCUCGUGACCAUCUACGCCCUCGUGUUCCUCGGGCUCGUGUUCGUGUCCUCGCCGCUCGCGCUGUUCUCGUUCGUGAACGACCUCGCGAGGGCGCUGAACCCGAAGAUGGACACGCACGCGAUGUGGCUCUCGUGGGCGAAAGGCCGCGGUGCGCUCUCCGGGUUUAUCUUUCAGGUGCGUUCUAUACACUGGUCCCCAUACGACCGCGUCGGCGUGGUGAACGCCGAUCCUUAA